CGCGCCCGGACUCUCGAUUGUAAAAAAUAAAAAGCCGCUUACCCCUUCCAUUGGUGGACUCCCGGGAGAACCGAAGGAUAAAAUUGCAGUAGCUCCUGGGAGGGAAUAUUUACCGGUCUCCUGUCGGCAGAUAGCCCUUUAUCUCCUGCACCAAAAGUACGUCAGAAGUGGCUCUCGUAGCUCCGUAUCGGAGUUGCUCUACAAGAAGCCGAGCCAGACCUGAGUCUCCCCUCGCCGUGUCCAGUUUAGUUGCUGUCCAAGUUUUAUUCUUAAAAGGGGCUCCAAGCGUGCUAGCUGAAAAACACCCAGAAUGGAGAUUUCUUCUCAUCAGUUUCACCUUCUGCAGCAACUGAAUGAGCAGCGCAGGCAAGAUGUGUUUUGCGACUGCAGUAUCCUAGUUGAAGGAAAGGUCUUCAAAGCCCAUCGGAACGUGCUGUUUGCUAGCAGCGGCUACUUUAAAAUGCUUCUUUCCCAGAGUUCCAAGGAAACCAGUCAGCCUACCACGGCUACAUUUCAGGCCUUUUCUCCCGACACUUUUACCGUGAUCCUGGAUUUCGUGUAUUCGGGCAAACUCUCGCUGACCGGUCAAAAUGUCAUAGAAGUGAUGUCGGCCGCCAGCUUCCUUCAGAUGACCGACGUCAUAAGCGUCUGUAAGACCUUCAUCAAAUCCUCACUGGACAUUAGCGAGAAAGAAAAGGAUCGCUAUUUCAGUCUGUCAGACAAAGACGCCAAUUCCAACGGGGUGGAACGAGCCUCCUUCUACGGGCCUGGUUGGAGAGCCGAAAGCAGCCCUCCUCAUCCUCACCUAAGCCCCGAUCAAGGGACGGGCGCCAUGGGUGGGAAUUCCUGGAGCAAUUACAAUUACUACCCGCCUUCCCAAAGGAACGUCCAGCCGCCGCUGUCCAAGCAUGAGCAGAGGCAAGAUUCCAAUAAGAAGUCCACCCGGCACCUAGCCUUGCCGCAGUCUUCUGACGUUCCUCCCUACAAGACAAGUAAACAGGAAGAUCGCGCUUCCGAGCCUGCCGGCCCCAACCCCCAACCGGAAGAGCAAAUUGAUGCGGAAGUGGACUCCACCCAUGGUGGGUACCAGUAUGAUCGUGGAUGUGAUGUUACACCUAGAAACUUAACAGGGUCCCAACAAGAACACGAAUCCCCUCGGUCUGCUUCCAAAUCUCCAAAGGCAGAUGAAUCCUAUGCUAACAUGCCCUUAAUUUUAGGUGUGAUGGGCAGCUGGACUGAAGAUGAUCUGCCUCGGAUGAGAUUCAAGUGCCCGUUCUGCACCCACGUGGUGAAGCGGAAAGCGGAUCUCAAACGCCAUCUUCGCUGUCAUACUGGGGAAAGGCCUUAUCCUUGCGAGGCCUGUGGAAAAAGAUUUAGCAGGCUGGAUCACCUAAGUAGCCAUUUUCGAACAAUUCACCAGGCCUGCAAGCUAAUCUGCAGGAAGUGCAAACGCCACGUGACCGAUCUAACAGGACAGGUGGUACAGGAGGGCACGAGGCGCUACAGACUGUGUAACGAAUGCCUGGCAGAAGCUGGUAUUGACAGCGUGCCCAUCGAUUUGGACGCUGAACAGUCUGUUGCCUCCUCUUCAGACGGAGAGAAGGGCUCGAGGUGGCACUUGCGUGGAGAGGAGAGCAGAUCGUACGUGGAAAUCGUAGAAGACGGCUCUGCCGACCUGGUUAUCCAACAGGUCGACGACAGUGACGACGAAGAAGAAGAAAAAGAAAUUAAGCCCAACAUUAGGUAGUCGGGAGCAAACCAAGCUCGCAUGUCUUCUCUUACUGCUACUUAAUAUUUUUCUCCUCUCCUCCCCCAUACGUUUCCAAACCAGAGUCUGGGUUAAUGCAACUGUCGUAUUGGCUUGUUUUUUAAUGACUUGAUCUAACUUGCAUGCAUUUAUGGACAGGACACUGAGUCCUCUUUGAACUAUGUUCUAUUUUACCAGCGUUUUACUGCGUUUGGAACGGACCCAGCUAAAGUUGGCAUGAUGGAUGGGAUAGGUGAUCUCUGAAUUAUAUUAGAGCAAUGCUCUUUUAAAUAUUAGACAGAAGAUCUAGUUCACAAGGACUUGGCCAUGUAAAACAUUAUACAUUUGCCACAGCGAAACCUGUUACUUUAUAGAAAAAGGCCCUUUUCCAAAGGGGUGAUUUUUUUUUAUAUCUACCUAUAUAUCUAUAUAUAAGCUAUCACAGUAUAUUCAUGGUGGAAAAGGAGGAAAGCAUAUAACAAGCCUUGCCACCCACCUCAUUGCAUUAAUAAAAUCUUUACCUUAAUUUCAGAGCUGAAGAAAGUGGUUAUUCCAAAAUGGGCACCAUGGUUUGGUGUACAGUGGACAGUAUUUUCAUCUGCUUUUAGAGAUCAACGAUGUAUGAAAACUGUGCCUGUAUGAAUGAUCACUUGGAUUUUAUUUCUAUGCAGUCAGGGCUAUCAGCUAUAGAAAACAAUGGCUGGAAAUGAUGUUAUUCUUUGCUUUAACCAUAGAGGUACUGGUCAAGCGAUUGACAAAAGGGUAUUAAAGUACGGACCAAAUUUUUAUAGAGUAACAUAUUUGUAAAAGGCAGAGGAUGUUGAAUUGAGGUUGGUUAUAGCAGGAUCGUUCAUUUUCAAGUAGAGUCUGUUAGGCGAGAUUUUCCUUUGGGGAUUCCUCAAGACUUUCUUCUGAAACCACUAGCAAAAAUAUUCGAUCCGGUGCUGAGAACAAUCUGUUAAAGAACCAAACUAAGAAUGCCAGUAAACUUCAUAAAAUAGUAAUUAAUAAUUGUGGUAUAUGUUGUGUGCUUACUAUGUGCCAAGCACUGUUCUAAGUGCUGGGGUAGAUAAAAGUCACUGCAAGCGUUAUCACCACUUUAAUCUUCCUUAUAAUUGACUGAGGGGAGAGAAUUCUACUCAUGUACUAUUACAUGAUGCUGUCACCCCCCCUCCUUGUGCAGCUCUUAAUCUAGUAUUUUUCACCCAUUUUAAAUCAUCCCUAAUAUAAAUUCCUAUAAAUGAAGACACUGAGUUGUGUAAAUGAUUAAAUCUUUUAUGAACAGUUUUAGCAUGAGUGGCUAGAACAGAAGUAAUGAUUACCAGGAGGUAGUUUUAGAGCCAACGAAAGAGUCUGGUGCCAGAUAAAUUGCAAUUUUCCCUCCCCGUGGGUGCCCCCAAAUAGCUGUGUAUUGAAAGCAACCACUCUGCUCAAGUAUUCACAUGACCAGUAGAGUUUUUUAACCAUGUUUUUUAUGCCUUUUGCUACAGCGAAGGUGGGAACUGUAAUUCCUGCCAAGAGUUACUUCAAACGUGAAAUACUCCUUCAGCAUGUUGGAGUUUGCUAUCUAAUGAUCUUUACGUGAUAGGAAUGAAAAAAUGGAGACCUACAUUUUUAUUUAAAUGAUCUAUAUCCUUGAAAAAAAAAAAACACACACACAGACUGUGUGUGGGUGUGGUAUUCAAAUUCUUAAUUUCUGAUCCCGGAACCCACCCAAAGAAGGGUUGGAAAGGGACUCAAAUGACUCCAGCCUACCUUGCAGCUCCAGAAAGAGUAAGCAUGUCUUGUAGAACAGUAUUUAUCCAAGUCUAUCAGGAAGGAGACAAAUACAGAGCUGUAAUUAGAUUCAGCAGGUGCCCCGGGGAUGAGUUUUGGUCUUUUGACUUUCACUAUGCUCCUGAAGCCUGAGGAUGUAGGAAAGCCUGGGUUCCCCUGGGUCCCCUAACUGACCCUAAAGAACACCUUGAGAGAGAUGAUCUAAUAGCAAAUGGCACCAGGAUUUGCUCCUUCUCUCAAACUUGGUAUAAAAAGGAGCUGUAUUAUUUAAAGGCAUGUGAUAUUUGCAUAAAUAAGGCCCAGAUUUGCUACCGGUUUGCAGAUCUGAAUUACAAAAAGUAUUCUAAGGUCAAUUGAUAAUAUUGUUCCAGGUUACUGAUUCUGAAGCUUUGCCUGAAAUUUCUCUAGUUACUUGCUGCUCCAAGAAAUGGCAAGGCCCAGUUCCCUAGAAAAUGAUCAGAACAGGAUUAUUUCUGAAACAGGGUACCUCUUCCUACAUUGUAAGAAGGGAACAACUUACUUACAGUCAGGUUUGUGAUGACAGAUGGAUCUUUACUUCUACAAACCAGGUAGUGAUGGCAUGUGCGCUCUCUCAUUCUUUAAAAUAAAGCUUUUAUCUGAAUUCCUUUAUAUGCUCUUCUGCUCUCUGCAUGCAAACUGAAAUAUCCCAGCAUGGUCGUUAGCAUGUCCAUAUGCUGAGGGUCAGCAGUGGGGCAUGUAACAUUCUGUUUCCUUUUAGGAAAUAAUACCACCCCUUGACUCCUGAUGAAAUUUAUCAAGGGUCCUCCCCUAACCCCAGCCCAAGAACCAUCCCCUACUAAAAGGUUAAAAUAGUAAGUACUAGAGUUUUGCCACUUGGACAGAAUUUAAGAACAACAGGAAAAGAGGAAAUGUUGAUGUAUUGCCAUAACUUUGCAUAACUUACCUUACAAAAGGUAGUCCUAAAAUAGUCAUUAUUCCAAUGCUUCUGUUUUUCUCAUGAAUUGAUGUAGAUUGGAACGUCUUAAUUUUUUUCAGGACAGUUUGGAACAAUGUAUUUGGAAAAAUGAAGUGUGGGGGUUAUAAUGUCUGAAAAACCCAUUGUAUAGGGCUGUAAGCUCAUUGUGGGCAGGAAACGGUUCUACCUACUCUGUUGUUGUGUCCUCUCCCAAGCGCUUAGUACAGUGUUCUGCACACAGUAAGCACUCAUUGAUGAUGAUGAUAUGUGGAGAAAUGUCAGGAGAACUGUCUGACAAAGCAGCACUGUUCUAGUUACCACUUCCUGAACUCAGAGGACCCUGGAAUUGAUUUCCGUCUUGACUGCUUAGGCCUGUGUACUAGGUACUCUGCAAAAACAAUAUGAGUAUAAAUUCUUCAUUUUAGAUGCAGCCUAUCUGGAAGCAAGAGGGGGAGGUAAAUUACUUCUGAAGUUCUCUUCUAAUUGAAUGCUCACAUCCAAGAAGGAAGUUCUCCAACUAACUCCUGUUUCUUAAGGAUGGUUGAGCUAGUUUCUAACUUUUCCUUUCAAAACUAUUAACAGUGUCUCUUAAAAUAAUUAAAGAUGGUCUUGCUAAUGGUUUAAAA